UCCAUUUCAAUGAACAUGGCGCGGUCGUGUUGCAGCUAAACCAUCAACGAUAAGACCCUUUUUUCAAGUUAUCACGACCUUGUAGCUGCCAUUUUAUCAAUCCUUAAAUGUGUAAAGCAUAAAGGAAGAAGAAUCACACUCUUUCCUGAUGUCAAGGAUGGAUUUUUCAGAAAUCCACGAAGAUGAACUGGUGAGUUUGGGAGUUGACUUUGAACAUGGAAGACGAGGCCCAAGACCACCUUUCCGACACCCUGGACCACACCCUUUUCCCCCAUUUGGUCCAGGUGGGCCCCAUGGACCUCGCAUGCCCCCAGGAGGUCACAUGCCUAGACCACCAGGUCCUAUGAUGAUGGGACAUCCAGGUCCUCACCCACGUGGACCCAUGGGGCCCAUGAUGCGUGGCCAUAUGCCAGGCCCUCAUGGUCCUCCAGGUCCUAUGGGGAUUCCAGGACCCAUGAGAGCGAGGCUCCCUAUGGGGGAACAUGACAUACCACCUCCAUGGAAUGACAGGGGAAGAGGAAGGAGGCCACCUGGCAAACCACUACCUCAGCGACAACUAAGUAGAGAAGCACCAAAGCCCAAAAAGUCUAUAACACCUGAUAAAGCAAAAAAAGAAGAGUCAAAACCAGCUGAUGGAGAAGCUAAAGGUCCUCCUGCUAAAAAGCCUAAAAAGGAAGAUGAUGACCUGGAGGAUCUUGAUGAGGAAAAGUUGUUAAAGAGUGAUGAUGAAGGUGAAGGGGCAAAUAAUGUUGAUUUGGAUGCUGUGAGUAUCCAUGGUGAUGAUGAACUGGAUGAUAUUGAUAAAGAGAUCAAAGGCCUGUCAGAAGGAGCAGCUGAAAGCAGUAAGAAGACAAAUUCAAAAGAAGAAGUCAAGAAGGAGCAAGUCACACCUGUCAAAAAAGAAAUAAAGAAUGACAGUGACAGUGAAGAUGAGGGCAAGAAGGACAGACAGCGCUUUAAGUCCGAGCGACCAAAGGAGGCACAGUUCAAGAUUGAAAAGCAUGAACAAAAGAGAGAGUUCAAAAAGCAUGAUGACAGAAACUGGAACAGAAGAGAUGUUGGGCGGGGCCGUGGCAGAGGAGGGCCAAUGAUGGGACCUCCUCUACCAGGAAUGGUUCGGCCAGGAAUGCACCCUCCUUUUCCACCUAGAGGGCCAGAUCCUUUUAUGCAUGGCCCCAGACCUGGUAUGGGGCCAGGCCUUGGAGUAGGACCAGAUCAUGGCCCUGGUCCCCGACCACGCUUCCCACUUGGACCCAGUGGACCAAUUCCUGGUCACAUGCCUGGACCCCCAGAUGGCCAUGGAGCCUUCCCCCCACCAAGGCCACCUCAAGGAAAAAAUAUUCACAUCAACCCACACUUUAGACCUCCUCCAGGGGGAAGAGGAAUGCCAGAGGGUCCACCUCCCAUGCGAGGGCCACACCUUGGACCUCUCAGGCCCGAUGUGCCAGGGCCCCAUAUGGCAGCUCCUCACCCAGGUCCCAUGCGCCCAGAAGUGACUCUCCCACCUGGCCCUGCUGGAGAUUUUGGACCCCGCGGACCUCUUCCAGCUAGAGGGCCUCAUAUGGGUCCAGAGCAAGGACCAAGGCCCAGCAUGGGACAUGACCCAGUAACAGCACCGAGGCCAAUGGGCCCAGGUGGACCAGGUCCCAUGCAAGGUCCUGGACAAGGUCAUGGGCCAAGAUCUGGUCCAAUCCCUGAGAAUGACAUGAGGCCAACCCAUGUCAUGGGAGCUGGCACAAAUGCACUGUCACAACCCAGAGGACCUCCCCAAGUAACACCCAACAUGGUCCCUCCACAUGGUCCUCUACCAGGGCGUGCCCCAACAGCAGGGGGCCCAGGUGCAGUAGCACAUACUGGAGCACCAGGGGGACCUAGCCCCUUACCAGGGCAGCAACACCCAGCCAUGCCACCAAGGGGUCCCACACAAGGAAUGCCACCAACAGGAUUACCUCCUGGAGGUCAAGUACAUCCAGGUGCUUUACAGUCAGCAAUGCGACCACCAGCGAUGAACCAACAUCCGGAAGUACCCAUGUCGGAACCAGAACGAAUUGUCAUUGGAAAUCGUGUGACAGUGUCUAAUAUGGAUGUCUCCAAUCCCGUAAUGCGAGGUGGAAUACCACCACCUGGUUACAAUGCAGCAGCAGCCAUGGCUGCAGCUCAGGGAGCUAAUUUAGCUGCUGCAGCUGCAGCAGCGGCAGCUGCAAGGCAACAGCAGUUUCCUUACGGACAGCAGUAUCCUUAUGAUUAUGCAGCCGUGUAUGGAGCAGAGUGGCAGCAGUUGAUGCAGCAGCAGAGAGAUGCAGCUUAUGCUGCGGCAGCAUAUGGUCUGGAGAAGCACACCAAGAGUCACAAAUCAAAGAAGCAUCAUCGUCGUUAUAGUGCUGACAGUGCGGAAAGUGACUUCAGCAGUGCAUCAAGAUCGGCAUCAAGAUCAGCUUCACGUUCUUAUUCCAGGUCACCAGCAAGGUCUUGGACUCGUUCACGUUCUCUAUCGCUGUCCCGGUCAAGGUCGAGGUCGUCGUCAAGGUCAAGGUCAUUCUCAAGGUCUGUUUCACCGCGCACUCCGCAAACAAGAUCUCCAGUUGUUCGCGCAGCUAAACCAGGGCCUCAUCCGAGAAGGGUAGACAGUCGCAGAGAACGAGAGAAAGAACGGCCUGACAGGAGUCAUGAAAGAGAAAGAGAACGAGACAGAACAAGGGAGCGGCCUGACAGGAGCAGAGAUGGUUACAGGAAUCGUGAGAGAAAUGACCGAGAGAAGCCUAGGGAGAGGGAAUCACAUGAACAACGAGAACCACGUGAACCCCGUCAUGACAGGCCUAGGGAGAGAGAGCGAGAGAGGGACAGAGGAGAUCGCGAGAAGGCAAAAGAGAGGGAACGGGAGAGGACAAGGGAUAGGGAGAAGCCAAAGGAAGGUCAUCGAAGAAGUCGAAGUCGAGACCGAUCAUCUCACAGACGAGAGAGCAGGGAGUCCAGACAUUCUGAGAAUAGUGCCUCAAAGCGGAUCGUUGUUGGACCUUCUGAAAGCAAGAGUAAAACAUCUGGUUCUACUCCGGACGCUAAAGCCAACCGUGUGGUCGUAACCAAGGCUUCAAGCAGCGGGAAGCCGUCAAAUCGAGUUGUAAUUGGUUCUUUGCCGGAAGCGAUAACACCAAGCAGGUUAAAGGAGCUUCUGCAGGGCGUUGGUCCAAUUCAGCAACUAAAGAUGUCCACGACAAAACACAAAGCACUGGUGACGUUUGAGAAGAAUGAACAUGCUCUGGCCUGCCGACGAAAAUUUCAUAGGACUGUAGUCGAUGACAGCCAAGUUACUGUUGACUUCCUCUGAUUUUUUAAAACAUAUUUCACAAGGAUUUGCCCUUUGUGGUCUGCUCCCUUGUAUGUAGUGUUGUAGUUGUACUGUUGUGUUAUUGUGUCUGUUUUCAUAAAGCCUGGCAUUAGUAAAAAACUCUGAAAUUUACUAAGGGUAAAUCUCAACAUCAUAAUUCCAUCUAUCUAAAAACGAGCCUUUUCUAGAACGUUGUGAUUCUUUAUCAGGUACAUUUUUAGUAUGCGAUUUUCUAGAAAAGUAAGCUCUAAAGAUUAUUGACACUGUUGAUAUUCUCAUUACUAAGCACUUAAAUGACAAAACUGAUUAAGAUAAAUAUACAGCAAUGCUUACAAGGCUCACUAUUGGGUUAUCAUAAGUGAUAGCCGGUGGCUUUUAUGGGAUUCGUUAUUGUUUUCAAAAUAGUAGUUACCUCCUCACUGUAGCCAUAAUUAGUAGUUUUUAGCCUUGUGACUUUAAGAAGAUUUAUUAUAGACGGAGAGAGAAUCAAAGGUUAUGUAUAGUGUAAAAUCAACCAAAAGGGGAAUGGCGUCGUUAAACAAAUAAGGAAUUUUUUUAAUGUCAAGUUUAGGUGUUAAAAGUUCUGUAUUCUGAACAUGAAAUUCAUCAUUCAGCAAAAUUUAAAGGGUUUAAAUUGAA